AUGUCAGUUACAGUACACUUUAUAAAUUCAGAUACGCAAUUAUGUUCUCGUUUAUUAGGUUGUUUUUCUUUUACCGAGAGACAUACUGCUGAUGAGUUGAGUAAAUUUCUCUUGAACGUGGUGAAUGAUUGGGGGUUGGAAAAUAUGGUAGCCGCUGCUGUUACAGAUAAUGCAGCAAAUAUCAAGUCAGCAAUUAAUAAUAAUGGUUGGAGACAUAUCCCUUGUUUUGCCCAUGUCUUGAAUAUUGCUGUACAAAAAGGUUUAGAAUCAGUUCAUCCUAUAAUAGCAAAGGUCAAAGGUAUCGUUGAAUAUUUUAAACGAAGUACUUUAGCUCUUAAUAAGCUCAAAAAUCUUCAACAACAAAUGGGAUGCGAACAACUUAAAUUAAUCCAGGAUUGUAAGACCAGGUGGAAUUCCACGUUUCACAUGAUCCAAAGGAUUCUCAAGGUGAAAGAUUCUGUACUUGCAACUUUGGCUGUAACAAAUAAUGAACUGAACAACAUUACCAGCCAAGAAUGGGAAUUGCUUUCUCAGUGCUGCAACGUUCUAUCCAUUUUCAAUGAUGUCACCGAAGAAGUGAGUGCUGAAAAAAUAGUAACCAUUUCAAAGGUAGUUUUAUAUUAUGGAUUUUUGGAUGAACAUUUAACAUCAAACAUUUAUAAAAACGAUACAUUGCACGAAGUUGAAAAAAUGGCAACCGAGAUACAAAAUGUUCUACGUACUUACUUUGGAAAUCUUGAAGAUAAAUAUGUUGUAGCCCAAUCUAUUAUUCUUGAUCCUCGCUUCAAAAAACAAGGGUUUUCUUCGGACAGCAAAUUUUUAGUGGCCAAAACAGUGCUUAGUAGGAAACUUCAAAGCAUUCGAAUUGGAACUGAAAACACUGCAGCUGGCCCAAGUACUGCAUAUCCACAAACGGCACAAACAGCAACAACUUCAUCAUUAUGGAAAACAUUUGAUAAUAAAGUAAAUUCAUUGAUUGGUCAAAAUAAUCCAACUGUUGCAGGAAUAGUAGAAUUGGAUAAAUAUUUAGCUGAGACGCUAAUACCACGCAGCAUGGACCCAUUGCAGUGGUGGUCAGAGCGUAAACACAUUUAUCCACGAUUAUUUGAAGUUGUAAAGAGAAGAUUAUGUAUACCAGCAACAUCUGUACCGAGUGAGAGAGUGUUUUCUAAAGCAGGUCAGGUGUUAACUGACUUUAGAAGUCGUUUGACAACUGACAAGGUUGAAAAAAUUGUAUUUGUUCAAUGUAAUCUAAAGUAA